AUGGAAAAGAGUAUUACAAACCCAUUUCUCCUCCAAGAUGAAACUGUACGCCCUGCUCAGAUGGAGCUUCCAGAAGAGCUGAGGAAAAAAGUUGUAAUUUUACAAUGUGAAUCUGAGGAAGGCAUCUGCAAGGUUUAUCUGGUUGGAACAACACAUUACUCUUCACAAUCUUGCGAGGAUGUUGAAGCCAUUAUUGGCUUCUUAAAACCAGAUCUUGUAUUCCUAGAGUUGUGUGAAACCAGGGCUCACCGCUCGAAACCUAGAGACCCUCGACCUACAGUGGUACCCAGAUUUAUUGAUGUUAUGGUUGCUAUGUGGAAGAAAGCAAAGAAAUAUGGUGGUAAGGUCAUAUUGGGUGAUAGACCUAUUGAGAUAACUAACCAAAGGACAUGGUCAAAGAUGACAUUCUGGUAUAGAACUAAGUUUGUUUUGAUUGUUCUAUUCAUGUUAGCUGCUCUGCCCUUAGCAUCAAUACACAAGGGUGCAAAUAAUGCAAAUAAUGCAAAUAGUGCAAAUACUGAAUCCAUAGAAUGGCAUUUCCCAAGUAUCGGAGAAACAUACAUUCAUGAGAGGGACUUGUAUAUGGCCUCUAGAUUGUUUGAAGUUGCAAAGGAAUGUAAAUCAGUUGUAGCAGUUGUGGGAAUGGGCCAUGUUGCUGGCAUUCAGAAAAAUUGGAAGAAACCUAUGGAUAUAGAAACUUUAACAUAUUAUUCUUAA